UAUCGCUCUAGAAAAGAAAUUAUUGUACCUGAGAGAAGUCUGUAGUAUAGUACAAUGUAGUUGAGGCAAAUGUAUUCUACCUUACGUGACAAAUAAAGACUGGAACUUCUUGUUCAUGGCUAACAUUAAUUUAUACAUUGUUGGCUGUACUCGUUGCAACAUACGACUAUGCUGUUUACGUUUGGCAUCCUGCUGUGAAACCUCUGAGGAUUCUGAGACAACUGAGUUUCUGAGAGUUGUGAGACCUGUGGAACUGUGGAACGCCGUGGAAUAAACCGACGAAGCCGACUAAGUCUCUGAGGCUCAGAGGGUUGCGGUUAAUCUGUGGAAGAGUGUUAAAUGUGUGUGGCUGUGUAAUUUUUUUUUGGUGAAUGUCAAAGAGUGCGGAAGCGAAAGCAUAUUCUGGAAUAUUUAUGUUUGACAUUAGUAAAAAGAAAUACAUUGAGUACAUAAUAAAUAUUGUCCUCAUUUGCCUUGUGGUCAUAAGUUGGAGCUAUGUGAUUGCUGCUGGAAGGUACAUAUCUAUGCGUUACCCAUGUACUAAGAUUCAUAGCUCCCAGUUACAUAUCAACACUGGUGAGAAGUAAUUCAUUCCACAUGGCAUUUUCUGCUGAUGCUGCAGCUUUUCAGGUUCAGGGUGGACUUGGAAAUGAUUAGUGUCACAAAAUUACAAAGAAGGCUCAACAAAUCAUGGGUACCAGAUCACCAUGGCACAUAAUGUUCGUAUUGUGACACCUUGUGUAUUUUUAUAGCAUUCUGAGGUAUUUUAAUUUCUUGGCAUGUAAUUGUGAUUCUGAAAAUUAUAUCUGCAACCAUUGGUGAAACAGGAACCUUAUCAGUUCACACUGUAACAUCAGUAAGAAAAUUAUGGAAUACUAUGAUUAACAUAAGUGAUUUGAAAUUGAAAACAUCCAUUAAACAUGUGGUAUAGAGACUGUCUUUAUGAUUAUGAUGAAGAAGCAGUGUCUGCCCAGGCAUAGUCUGGUAUCAAGUUCUAAAAUCAUUGUAUGUGAAAGUCCAAGAGUGCUAUCACUUCCACUACAUAUAAAACUGGAUUUGCUGAAGCGUUUGUGAAGGCAUUGGAUGAGGAUGGAGAUUGUCUCAAAUACAUCUGCAACAAAUUCCCAGAUAUUGCAAGAAAACUAAAGGAGGAAUUGUUGUGUCUCAGAGCAGGAUGUUGAGUUUCAAUGAAGAUUUUUAAGAAGCAGUGAGACAAUUUGAAAGAGAAGAAUAUAUUUGCUUAUAAAGUGGUAUUCUGAAUUUCUUUGAUAGUGGUAAAGACUCAGAUUACAAAAUAAUUGUUGAAAAUGUACUCAUUAAAUUUCAAAAGUUAUGCUGUAAUAUAAGCCUGAAGGUAAUUUCUGACACAUUUAGUCCGUUUUCCCCGAAAUGUCAGUAGUUUAGUGAUGAAUAAGGCAACAGAUUUUACAAGGACAUAAGAGAAAUGAAUAAGAGAUAUCAGGGAUCAUUGCCAGUCACUGAAUAGAGACUUUAAGCACAGCACAUAGAAUCAGUGCAAAAACAUUGCACUUAGUUUCUCAUAUACAGUAGACCAUGUUGGGUACUGAAUACUGAAUAACAAUGAAAUUCUGAUCACUUAAGCUGGUUUUGACAGAAUCAACAUUUUGUGUUUGGUCUGCUACUGUGUAAUAUCAUUACAGAUAAAUUCUUAAAUACCAGUUUUUGUAGGAGCAUCUUUAAAAAUGGUGGUGCAUGUAUUUUUGUACGUGAAACUAUUUAUUCUACCACCAUUAAUAUGGACAAAUACUGUAAAGAAAAGGACUUAGAAGUAUGUGCAGUUAGGUUACACCUCUCUGCUCAUGAAAUAUGUGUUAUUACCAUCUAUAGAGCUCCUUCUGGUAACUUUCAGCAUUUUUUUUCAAAACCUUGAAGAACUUUUAAAUAUGAUUUUUGCACACACCAAGAAUAUAAUAAUAUGUGGUGACUUCAACAUCAACUAUCUCGAAGAUUCUCCCCACAAACAGCAGCUAAACUCAAUACUAGCCUCUCAUGGACUAUAUAGUAUAAUCCAAUUUCCUACUAGAUUCCAAAAUGAUUCUUAUUCCUUAAUUGAUAAUAUUUUCAUUAAUACAUACAAGUUUACUAAUUUUACUGUAUGUCCCAUCAUAAAUGGUCUUUCUGAUCAUGAUGCCCAGAACCUAAUAAUACACAAUAUAUUUAAACAAAAACCUAAAGAUAGCUACUACUAUAUACGGGAAAUAAACGAUGUUUCAAUUACUAAUUUUAAUAACAAAUUAAGUUAUGAGUUAUGGGAAGACGUAAUUAAUGAAAAAGAUAUAAAUACUGCCUUUAACCUUUUCCUGAAUGUAUACUUAACAAUAUUUCACUCUAGUUUUCCCUUAAAAAAAGUUCAUACCCGCUCUGCCAGUAAAUCCUGGCUAACACCUGGAAUCAGGAUUUCAUGUAUAAACAAAAAAAAGCUUUAUUUAGCUCAAAGAAAUAGUGAUGAUAUAAAUUUAACUAAGUUUUAUAAGAAUUACUGUAAAAUUUUAACUUCUGUUAUCAAACUUGCAAAAAAAAAACAUAAUAAUAAUAUUAUAACUCAUUCAAAUAAUAAAAUUGCAACUGUGUGGAAUAUUGUAAAGAGUACUUCGAAAAUAAAACCUAAUGUACCCAAUAUAAGUACUAUAAGGGUAAACAGUAAUUUAUCCUCAGAUUCUCAGAUUAUUGCUGAGGAAUUCAAUAAAUAUUUUGUAUCAGUUGUUAAAAAUAAUCGCUCAGCUAAUGACACUUCCAACCAAGAAAAUCCUAUAUCUUAUCUAUCUAGGGCACGUAAUCAACCUUUUCCCCCUAUUACAUUAAAUUGUGUAUCGUCAAAGGAAAUAGAAGAUAUUAUAAAAUCCUUGAAAACAAAAAAUUCAUAUGGAUAUGAUGGGAUAUCCACUAAAAUUUUAAAAGUUAGCAGUCCCUAUAUUUCUUCUCCUCUAACUUAUUUAUGUAAUAGAAUGCUAACAACUGGCAAUUUUCCACUAAGAUUAAAGUUCUCUGAAAUAAAGCCCAUAUAUAAAAAAGGUGAUAAAAAUGACACAUCGAACUACAGACCUAUUUCACUGCUCACAUCAAUUUCUAAGAUCUUUGAAAAGGUAAUCUAUAAUAGAAUGCAACAACAUAUCAAGAAAAAUAAUAUUCUUGCUAAUGAACAGUUUGGAUUUAGACAUGCACGAUCAACAGAUGAUGCAGCUUACUAUCUUAUUAAUAAUAUCUUAACUGCUUUAAAUAACAAAGAAAUUGUGGGCGGUGUUUUUUGUGAUCUUCACAAGGCCUUUGAUAGUGUCAACUAUGAUAUUCUGCUUUCGAAGUUGAAUCAUUACGGGAUUAAAGGAAGGGCUUAUGAUGUAAUUAGAUCCUAUUUAUCAGAUAGAUACCAGAGAGUAAUAGUUGUUUCUGACUCAAUUAAAUUCUACUCUAAAUGGGAGCCUGUUACCGUAGGAGUCCCUCAAGGAUCCAUACUUGGUCCCUUGCUUUUCCUUUUAUAUAUCAAUGAUUUGCCUAAUGCCAUAUCUGAUGUAUCCUAUCCAGUCUUGUUUGCGGAUGACACAAGUCUAAUAAUUAAUAAUCCUGACACCCCAAGAUUUGAAAAAGAUAUAAAUAUAGUUUUAGAAAAAUUAAAUAAAUGGUUUAGUAGUAAUUUAUUACUACUAAAUCCUACAAAAACUUACUUUCUACAAUUUAUAACUAAAAACACAAGAGUUUUAGAUUUACAUAUACUAUGUGGGAAUAAACAAAUAACCAAUAUGGAGGUUACAAAAUUUCUAGGUUUGGUUAUUGAUCAUAAAUUGUCUUGGCAAACCCAUAUUGACCAAAUGAUACCCAAAUUAAAUAAGGCAUCCUAUAUAAUUAGAGUAUUAAAACCUCUUUUAUCCUUGGAGUGCCUAAAAACUGUUUAUUUCUCCCUAGUUCAUUCAAUAAUAUCUUACGGCAUAAUAUUUUGGGGGAGUUCGGCUCAUGCAAAAAUCAUAUUUCAAAUACAGAAAAGAAUAAUAAGAAUUAUUACCAAUUCGCGUAAUAUAGAUUCGUGCCGUAAUUUAUUUAAGGAGUUACAUAUUCUGCCACUUCAGUCUCAAUAUAUAUUUUCUUUACUUAUGCUGGUUGUCAAGAAUAGAGAUUGCUAUAUAACAAACUCAGAUGUCCACACACGUAAUACCAGAUUUAAUCAUGACUUGCAUCUUCCAGUGGUAAACUUAACGAUAUUUCAGAAAGGUGGAUGGUAUUCUGGUAUCAAACUUUAUAACCACCUCCCUCCAGAGCUUAAACAAUUAUCUUAUGACAUUCCUGGAUUUAAAGUGGCGUUAAAGAAGUUUCUUAUCACCAGUUCUUUUUAUACUGUUGAAGAAUACUACUGCUGGAAGAAAGAUUGACACCUCAUGUAUAUAUUUUAAUCAUGUAUGUAAUUUUAAAUGUUAUUUUGACUUAUGAAUGUAUUAUGGUACAGUAGUUUAGUCGUAUUUUGACGAUGAUGAAUGUCUGAUUAUGUAUGUAUAUUUAUACGAAUGUAUGUUAUAUUGUAUGUUAUACGUAUGUUAUAUUGUAUUAUUGACUUGUUCUGUAUCUGAGGCAGAUGCCUCUAUGGAUAUUUUUGGAACUGUAAAUAAAUGAUGACCAAAUAUGCAUAAAAUCCAUUGAACCAUCCAGGUACUAGUAAGUUGCACAUGCAUACAUACAGGCAGACACAUGACGUUCUGGAAGUCUCUUUUUUUUUUUUGUUUAAUUCAGUGGUCAAUAAUUGGAACCCUUUAUAGAAUCUAAAGAUUGAUUUGUUACAACCACAACACUUCCUCAUACAUACUAUGUAUAUGAGAAAGUGAAAGACCAGAAAACUUCAUUCUAUCAUGAAUAAUUUGCUAAACUGGGAUAAAUGUUCAUUUGAACAUCAGUAUUGUGCAUUAUAGCCAACUUUUUAAUUUGAGUGUUUAGUAGAUUACACAAGUUACUUUGUCAUUGUGGUAUGAGAAAUGAAAUGUAACACUAUAAUGGAAAAAUGCAUGUAUUUUUCAGUUCUAAUUUGUUAAAAAAUCUUGCAGUUGGUAGGAAAGGAAUGACAGUUUUUAGAUCAUUCUUGUAAAUUGUUGAAAAUGACAUACUCAUAUUAAAACAAGUGUUGUCAUAUUUAGACGUGGUGGACAGUGCUGCUUCUCAGAUCCCGUUACAACUCAAAACUGUAAACUUGAUUUUAAGUGAGUAUUCUGUCCUAAAAGUUUAAAUUAUUUCACAC